UCUUUGCGUUCGUUGUCAUUGUGUCUGGUUAUUUAAGCUUUGCAUUCCAAAAUAGCCUAGAGAAAUAAAAUAAUGUUAUCUUUCUACUUCUCAAGGACGUAUGCUAUGUAUUUGAGGUAGGCCGAGCUAUACUGACUGACCGUAAACUCUUAAUGGUUGGAGGGUUGACAAUCACCCAGUACAUUAACAUAAUUCGUUUUGUUUACUGCUGUUUUCCUCAUUGAUCUAGUAAGAUAUUUUCUCUUUUGAACAUUUAUUUUAGAAUGAGGCCAAUUCCAUGAGACUUAUCGUGGUCUCCUUCAGACAAUUUCCGAUGCAACUUGAAAUGUAGCAUCUCAGUGAUUUAAAGUCAAUCUCCUAAAUAAUAUUACUUUAAGAAAAAUAUACCCGUUUCUGCAUAUAUAUGAACCCUUGUAGGGAAAUAGGUGUUUUUAGAGAACACAUUGUUAAUGUUCAUGUAGGGGAAAUUAGGUUAUUGUAGCCUGACAAAUUGUAAUACCGAGCACGCGCAUCGUGCGCUGUCUGGUGUAGAGACGAAACCAUUAAACCCGGGAUGUGAUGUAGACACCGUGUGCGCGCCCACUCAGCGGCCUGUCCUGUGAAUGCUUGCGAUGUGCGCGGGACGUUGGUACGCGCGAGACCUGGGCCACGUAGCGAUGGCUUUACAGCGGUCUAGAGAAUCGCAGGUACGAGUGUAUUUAUGUAGAAUACAGUAUAAGUGCCUUGUAAACUAAUAGAAGUAGCAUUGUCAAUGCACUUUAUGCCGAACGGAAAGGCUCGUGCGUUACACUGAAUCUGUGCAACUCUGAUUGCAUGCAUGCAAGAAGGAGGGCGCUCGCGACGAAGGUAAAGCAGAAAAUGGACACAAACCUGUUUACAAGUUAUUUCGGAUAUUUACACGUGACAAUCAGAAAUGAUGCAAGCGAAAGCCGUGGAAUGCAAAUCCCGAAUGGUUCAUGAAUGACAACAAGUGGUUCGGAAGUUUAUUAAGCCUAUACAUACAGCUGGAUAUACAUGCAGACAGGAUUUAUUAAGGAAUAAUAAACUGUUUAAGAGCAACUUGCCUAGAAAAGCCUUCCUUCAAAUAUUGUGAUGCUUUGGAGAUGAUUGACUUGGACUUUGCCCUCCGAUUGUUAGGCCAAUCGAAGAAAACCUGGAACAGAUUCUAUGUCGUUCCAACAGUGUUUCUUGCCUCCAACGACCUGGACGCCCUGUUUGAGUCGGGUUGAACAGCCCUCAACUUCCGUUCCAUCUCUUCGCUAGCGGGAGGGGUGGGGGACUGCUGUGCUUCCCCCUGCCCCUCCUUGUAGAGCGCGCCAGAGUACCAAACACUUUACACCCGGUUGCUCCCACCUUCUCUGCCCUCUCUCUCUCUCUCUCUGUAUGACCUCCUGCCAGAGUCUCAAGGAAGAGUUGUCUGUCCCCACCCUCGGAGGCAUGUCCCAGGAGGAGGGGCGCAGGGCUCAGGUGUCCCAGUCCUACUUCCACUCCCCCGCCUCAGAUCUGGACCUGACUAGCAAGCUGUACAAACGCGAGGCAGGCGGCAAGCCGUACUCCGUCCUUGUAGACAACAAGAUGGCAACGGUGAAGACGACCACAGGGGAACAAGCCCUCGGACAGCUGCCCGUCCACCACAUCGCGUCCCCCCAGCACCACCACCUGCAACAGCAGCAGCUUUAUAGAGAGGGAAGAGAGCAGCAGGGGGCAGCCGACCACAGCCCUGAGGCUGGAGGUGGGGGCACGCCAGAGGACUCGGAGGAGGGCGAGGAGGGCGAGGAGGAGAACGGCGAGGCGGGGAGCUUCAAGCGUGAGCAAAUCAUCGUGGAGGUCAACCUGAACAAUCAGACGCUGCACGUCUCCAAGAAGGACGGUUCGGAGAGAGGAGGGAGUGAUGAAGAUGAGGAAGAGGAGGAGGAAGAAGAAGAAGAGGAGGAGGAAGAAGAAGAGGAGGAGGAGGAGGAGGAGGAGGCAGAAGAAGAAGAACAGAGUCCAAGUGAAGAGGAUUAUGACGAUGAUAAUGAUGACGUAGAAGAAGAGCUUGAGAUCCCAACGAGAGGGAAGAGGGUCCGAUUAGGGGCCGGGGGCCUCGACGCCGCCAGCCAGCCCCGGAGGAAGAGCCUCCGCACUGCCUUGACAGCCACCGGCAUGACGACCAGGGGGAGGCAGAAGCUGUUGGACUCCCCGAAGAAGAAGAAGAAGCACAGGCCGGGCCGCUCUGCCCACGCGGGCGCCGACUCGACCUCGGCUGUGAUGGUGAAGGGGGACGGCGAGGAGAAAGAGAUGCUGGCGUGCGAGAAGUGCCCCCGCGUGUUCAAUACCCGCUGGUACCUGGAGAAGCAUAUGAACGUCACUCAUAGGCGCAUGCAGAUCUGCGACAAGUGUGGCAAGAAGUUCAUCCUGGAGAGUGAGCUGGCCUUGCACCAGCAGACGGACUGUGAGAAGAACAUCCAGUGUGUAUCCUGCAAUAAGUCAUUCAAGAAGCUGUGGUCUCUGCAUGAGCACAUCAAAAUCGUGCACGGCUACGCAGAGAAAAAGUUCUCCUGUGAGAUCUGCGAGAAGAAGUUCUACACCAUGGCACAUGUACGAAAGCACAUGGUUGCACAUACUAAGGACAUGCCUUUCACAUGUGAAACAUGUGGGAAGUCGUUCAAGCGUAGCAUGUCAUUAAAGGUCCACUCCCUCCAGCACUCCGGAGAAAAGCCGUUUCGUUGUGAGAACUGUGACGAGCGGUUCCAGUACAAGUACCAGCUGCGGUCCCACAUGAGCAUCCACAUCGGACACAAGCAGUUCAUGUGCCAGUGGUGCGGCAAGGACUUCAACAUGAAGCAGUACUUUGAUGAGCACAUGAAGACUCACACAGGAGAGAAGCCUUUCAUCUGCGAGAUCUGCGGCAAGAGCUUCACCAGCCGGCCCAACAUGAAGCGCCACCGCCGCACCCACACGGGCGAGAAGCCCUACCCCUGCGACGUGUGCGGCCAGCGCUUCCGCUUCUCCAACAUGCUCAAGGCCCACAAGGAGAAGUGUUUCCGGGUCACCAGCCCCGUGGUCCUGCAGAGCGGCAGCCAGUCCCUGCCUCUCCGGAUCUUCUCCAACCCCCACCCCGCCUCCGGCCCUAACCCGGGCCCCCUGGGGCCCCAGCCCUCGACCCCCGCCGCCGCCAACCCCUCCCCCUCGGCCUCCAUGGUCUCCCUGAGCCCCUCGGAUGGAGCUCUGGCCCCCCGGGCCCCCGGGAGUCACACCUUUUCCCACCUGCAGCUCCACGUCACGCCCGCCAACCAUCAUCCGCACCAAGUCGCCGGCCAUCAGCAGCACCCAGGCACGCCUCAGCACACACUGCCACCGCCCCCGCCCGCCUCUGUACAGCAGCAGCACCACCAGCACCACCACCAUGUGGCGGUGCCCCCCGCCUCCCACCUCCCGCCUCCCCCAGCACUCUUUAAGAGUGAGCCCCUCAACCACUGUGGCCUGGAGGACAGCGGGUACCUACACCACAUGCCCCCCCCAGACAAAGGCCCGGGUGCGCCCCACCACUGAGGCACCCAGACCUCCCAGCUGUUGUACUGCGCAAGGGGUCAAAACUGAUAAGGACAGGACGUGUGUGUGUGUGUGUGUGUGUGUGUGUGAGUGUGUUUGUGUGUGUGUGUGUGUGUGUUUGUGUGUGUGAGAGCCUUGGACUGAUUAACUCUCAGUACACACGUUAGACAAGCGGUGUUUACUGAGAAACUAGGAUCCACUGACUAAUUUACAAUCUUGUUGUGUUUUCCUUCUACCCCUUCAGAUCAUAUUGGCGGUGCGCAGUAGUUCAUGUUGGUGGAGAAUCUUUUCUAUGUCUGUCGCUCUUUCAUCAUGUUUAACAUGUGUUUCUGUGAAAUUUCAGAAAAAGUAUUAACCUGGUUUAGUGGACCCACCUCUGAUCCACACAAACAACCAUACAUCUCUAGAUGUCAAUUUGGUUGAUGAUUGCACACUGGCCUGGGCUUUUCUAUAUAUUUUUUUUAAUUUUUAAUUUUCUUUUAAGUGCAAGCUAGCGCCCUUGGGCCAGGUUAUGUAUGAUGAAUGUUUGACUUACUUCAGCCCUCUCUGGUGCUUCAUAAAGUCAACCGCAGUUGACCUUGUAGGUCACAGUGGGAUGUUUGGAGAGGUUUUCUAAGAAGCUUGGAUGUAUACAAGAUCUGAUAAUGGCUGAUUGGUUUCUGAUGGUAAAAUGGUGCUUUCCAUUCCAGUGCUACAUGUUGUGGUUAGGUUUCCAUUCAGACUGGCGGUUUAGUACGUGAUUGUGAUUGGACACUCGAGUCUGACAGGUAGUGAAACGAACAAAGGUUGGGCUUCGCUUUAACAACUUCACACAUAAUCACGUUUAGAAUCAUAGAAAGAAACACUAUGUAUGGCCGGUGAUCUUUUUUUGUAAUUAGUUUGAUCCAUUUAACCUCUGAUUUUUAGUACUGUUGAUCAACUAAUAAUUUUGGAAAACAGUUGCCUAUCAACAUACUACCACUGUGAAGGGCCUGGCAUUUGACCCCACCAUGAUUUCUCUGUGCUCUCCCUCUUUUUCUCUCCUCCUUUCUUUAUUUUUCCCUUCUCUUCCCCUUUCCUUCCUAGCCUCUGUCCGAAUAAUACGGGUCAGUUUCAUACAAUUCACGACACAUGGACUUUGCAUCUCUUAAUUGGCCGUGCUUGAAAGUCACGGAUACAUUUUUCCCAUUUGGAGUUUUCGGAUCAUCUGAAUUUCCUUUCUGGUGGAUUUUUUUCUUUCCGUUUCUCCCCGAUCAUUCUUUCUUCUCUUUUGAAAAAAACAGACAUACUUUGACGCACAUAGACAAAGCGGCAGGUCUUACCACAGUGAAUGUUUUCUACUUGGAGUAAUAGCAGUUUUAAAUAGAACGUUUGUGUUUAGUUUGAAAGGAUGUUCCUUUGGAAAACCUUGGAGGGUAGUGGUAGCCUUUCUGUAUUCUCAAAAUUCACCUCCAUGUAUAGACAAGCACUGUUGCAUCAAAUGAGAAAUGGUGUUUUAAAUCCUCAUGUUUUCUUUGACUGUGUGAAUGUUCAAAGGGGAGGGGAAGGGCAGAGUAUAUGGACAGAGUAGUUGUGUUGCUUUAUUGAUGAAACUUUUCAACCUCUCGCCCCAUGCCGCACUGUUAUUUGAUAAGUACUUAAAAAAAGGCUGUUGAGCCUUGGCCCUCUUGUUUGUCCGGUCUGUCUGUGUGCAUGUGUCGUGCUAUUGGUUGUGUCUGGACAUAAUCUGUGGCUCCCAUACCAAAAGCUGCUUUUCCAGUACUUUUAUAUUCACCAUGGCCGGCGAUGUAGAGCAGUACAUUUAGGUCUAGCACAGUGAUUCUGUUUCGUCUUAUUUAGAGAUUAAACUGAACCACGGUAGUCUGCAUUACCUUUCAAGAGACCCACAACUAUCCCGCCACAUCUAGGGGGUCAUCCUCCUCCCCCCAAGUUGUACUGUUUUUGCUUUAUUGUUCAGUAUGGAUAUUUUUUUAUUUUAAUGCUUCAGUUGUGUGUUUUCUCUGCACUUUACUUAUGUGUGGGCUAUAGGCACCGGGGAAGGAGAGGGCGAGGGAGACCAUGCAUUGCGGAUACGAGAAAGAUUGUGUCUGUAUGGGAGCGGGUGAAUGAGUGUAAGAUUGUGUAUAGGAGUGGUUGGAUGAGGGUAACAUUGUGUCCGUAUAGAAGCGGGUUGAUGAGAGCAGACUGUCUAUAGGAGCGGCUGGUUGAGAGUGAGAUUGUGUCUGUAUAGGAGCAGGUUAUUCGGUGGCUGGACGAUGUUGAGUAAGGGAAGAGGAGGAGAGUCUGAGUGAUGGUGAUGUGGAAGCGACCAUAGCACACAAUGACUUAUUUACUAAUUAUUUCAAGUUCCUCCUUGUCCUUGUUUUGUUGUAAUUUCAUAAUGACAUUAUCUGAUCUGGACCCCUUCUUCUAAAAGUGUAACACACAUUUACCCGUUAUUUUCACACAAGCUCUUCUGAACAACAUCUGAAAUGCAUUAUUUUUACUUCAGUUCUUACAGUCUGUUCUUUCUGUGUGCUGUGUGAUUCUCCUCCUCUUCUUUUUCAUAUAGAAUGCACUUUCUUCUAAAUUUCUUGACUACGGUAGUUAAAAAAAAUAACAUUGUAUAUUCUUCAAAGAUGUUUUUAAAAAAUCAAUAUACAUUUUUCCCUUGUAUUUUUAACCACUUAAUGUAGCAUUGCGUAUUUUAUUAUUGUAUCUGGUACAAAAUGUGCAGCUUUACAAUGUCCCGGUUUGUCUUUUUGUAUGUUUCCGGAGGUUGAGAAUAUGUGGAAAUGUUGGGCCUUUUUUGAUAAUGUUCAUGUAACUGACUGCUAACUUUGAAAAGUAAAACAAGUAGCCACAA